AAGAACAAUCUUGAUCUUGAAUCAUGCUCACCUUUGUUUGAAAUUUUGCUGAUUUGUUAACUUUGUUAUCUCAAUACAUUUGCAAAUUGGUGGUAUAAAUUGAAGUGUGCCCAUGCUAACUUUUUUCUUUUGUUAUUUGGUUUCCUAGCGUAGGUUCUUUUUGAUUUCCUACGUAGGUUUUUUUAUUUUACUAAAGAAAAUAUUGCAAGACUUGGUACCGGCCGGCCGACGUUAUAAUAAUUUCAUAAGAUAUAAAUAAAAUGGACAUUACAGUUGGUGAUACCAAGUAUAUAAUACCACUAGAUGCCAUCGACUUGAACUAUAUUACAAAACUGCCUUUUGGCAAUACUCCUGUGCCACUUUGGAGUCAGAAUAAUAAAGACUACUAUGAGGUGAAAGUCUUUGCUCAAAGAAAAGAUCCUAAUGAAGACAGUAACAUAGUUACAAAAGAUGCCCACCCAACUUCUCCCACGUACCAUUGCUACAUCUGCAACGUGAAAGUCCCAACGGUAUACAAGAAAGAACAUAUAAACGGUACCAAGCAUAAAACCUCUCUAAAAAUCAUUGAAACCGCCAUGGACAGAGCUAGACUUUGUGUAACGCAACCUCACGACGAUAAUAAUUAUGUAAAACCUUUGAAUACGUAUUUCUGUGAACCGUGUGCUACUGAAGUGGAAUUAAAAAAAAGAAAAGAACACGAACUGUCUAAAGAACAUUUCAAAUCAAUAACGUAUGAUACAUUUCUGAAUGAUCUACUUAAGAUAUAUCUUGACAAAGAACUGUUAGAUACUAUAAAUUUCGGCUACAUGACAAGUGAAAAUGAUAAUCAAACAAGACUCUCUGACAGUGAAAAGGAUGAUAAUGAGAGUGAUUCCGAUGUAUCAGAAGGUGAUGAUAACGCAGCUAAAGAGCUUAAUGAUUUUAUGGAUCUAAUGAAAUAUCUUAAUGAGGUUGACACAACUAAAAAAGGGAUAGAAAUUGAAAAUAAAAAUAUUACAACAGAUAAAGCGACAAUUGUAUCAGGUAGCACACAAUCGAAUAAAGUCGAAUCGAAGAAAGUUAAUCUAAAGGAAUACUUACAAAUUUUGAUUGGUAAUGGCAAUUCGUCUUUGUCUCCAAAAUUAACGGUUAGUGGUGGUUGUGUGAAAAUUGAAGUAACAGAUGGAAGUUUGCUGAUAGUUUCCGAAGACAAUUUCCAUGGAUUCUCCAGAGAUCAUGAUAAUAAGAUAACAUUUUGUAAAACAUGCAGUGUGGCGAUUGAUGACGAAGACACUCACAAGAUGAUGGCGGAACACAUGAAGCGGGUUAUGACCCCGAUACAAGACAUGAAUGGCAUAAGAGAGGGACACAGUCGUCUCACAUCAUACUGCGUUUUGUGUAAUAGAAAUUUGGUAACUAAAGAAGGUCAUAUAACUUCAGACUCACAUGUUAACACUCUGAGGAAAGUAAUGGCUGAUGGAGGUAUAACAAAAAUAAAACACUCUGUGAACAGUACUACCAAUACAAAAACAUCAAACCAAUUGCAAACCUAUUGCAAGCCUUGUAAUAAAUACAUAGACUCGCAUAAUUUCGAUGGCCACACCAAAGGUGCAGCUCAUAUGAAAAAAACAAAAUUAAUUGAAUCUAAAAACAAUACACAAUUAGACAAUGUAGAACCUCAUCACAAUUUACCAAAUAAAACUUAUUGUGCCUCGUGUAAUAUAUAUAUUGAUAUAAACAAUGCCGAUAGUCAUUAUAACGGAAAGAGACAUAAAACUAAUGCAGGUGAAACGGAAAACGGUAAUCCAGGAAACGCUAGAAUGGCUAAUCCUGAAAAUGUCAAAAUAACUAAAGCUGAAAAUGCCAGAAUGGCAAAUCCUGAAAAUGCCAAAAUAGCUAAUCCUGAAAACACCAAAAUGGCAAAUCCCGAUAAUGCCAGAAUGACUUUCAGUAGCAAUAAAUUGAGUGAGGAGGAGGCUUAUUGUAUCGUAUGUAAACUUAUUAUAAAUAAAAACGACUUUCCAAUACAUAUACUUGGCGAAAUACAUAAUAUAAAUGUACAAAACUCAUUCGAUCCUAUAUCGAUGGAGCAUAUGAAAGAAGCACCAAAGAAUUGUUUCAUAUGUAGAGUCUGUGACGUGAAUGUAGUAAAAUAUGAUCAAAAUGUUCAAGAACACAUGCAAGGUGCAAAUCAUACGAAAAAAUACGCAUCGUUACUUAAUGCAAACAGCAUUACUAAAUACGACGACAAUUAUUAUAAUUGUGAAGUUUGUGAUACAUUUAUUUUAGCCAAAUCAGUUUUAGAUCACAUUGAUUCGUUGAAACACAAAUCUCAGAAAUCUAAACCGAAACUUUUUUGUAAAUUAUGCAACGUAUCAAUUGAUGACCAUCCAAAUAUUGUAAAUGAUCACAAAAACAGUGACUAUCACAAAACGAAAUUAGCCGAACUGUAUACCCAUCGUCAUCUUCAAAUAAACAAUGACGCCGUAACGGAUGUUACGUAUAAAUGUAACGUGUGUGAUAUUUUUAUAGACGUGUCGCAAGCAAAAUCUCACAUCGAGAGCGUGUCACACUAUACGAAAUUUAACUCUAUGCUGCUGGACAAUAAGAUUCAGAAAACUGGUGAUAAUUUCUUCUGUAAUAUAUGCUCUGUUAUUAUUGAAAAUAAUAAUGAAGUCGAACAUGUCUCUACAGAAAAUCACAACAGACUACUGACCAAAAUGCAUUUCUGUAACUUAUGUUCUGUAAGAAUACCUAAUACCGUUAAAUGUAUAGCUAUUCAUGAGCGAGGUCGCCCUCACAUGAAGCACCUGGAAAGAUUGCAGUCUGUUCUUGCUAAAUUUAAAGAACGCGUCGACGCCCUAAAUUUGUGAUGCAAAUUGAAAAGAACGAAUUUGGCUUAACAAGCCAGUGGCUACUAAUCUGAACAGCAAAAAGAACAGGGUGUCCGCUGGCAGAUUAAUGUU